UGCUCAACCUCCCUGCGUCGGGGUAACAUAGUGGUGAACUAGUGCAGCAGGCAUCUGGCUCAGGACAGUAACAGGGCUCUCUCCGACUGAACACACCAGAGUGUAGCCAUGUUGACGGGGCCACUGUGGAGCGUCCUCCUGCUCCUGUCCAUCCCAGAGGUGUGCAUGCAGGAGGUGGACUACGGGGACUAUGAAGACAGCGAUCCUCUAUGCUCCACUGAAGAGACCAUCAGAGGGGGCUAUGUGUCCUACUCACAGGGAGGGUUGUAUGGGAGUGUGCUGACCUAUCACUGUGCCCACGGAUACGACCCUUUCCCUGUUAGCCAUAGGCUAUGUGAUGAUGAGGGGGAUUGGUCAACCAUGACAUCAGCGAAUGGCAGACUAGUGACACGGGCAACAUGCAAAGAGAGAGUGUGCCCCGGCCAGCUCCAGCUGGAUAAUGGGGACUUCUGGCCGAGGGACCAGUGGUUCCGUCCAGGGACUAUGCAGAACUUUUCCUGCCUUGGAGGGUUGACCCUCUCUGGCUCAGCAAGCAGGACCUGCACCGUCUCUCUGGAGUGGACCGGAACCAGCCCUAUUUGUGACAACAAUGAUGUCGUUGAUGCCUGCAACGACCCAGGCGUCCCAGCGGGGGCCUUGAGGUCAGGGUCCCGGUUCCAGGUGGGGGACACACUGACCUAUCGUUGCCAGGCAGGUCUGGACCUGCUGGGUUCGAGCCAGCGUGUCUGUCUCUUAAGCAGGGAGUGGACCGGCUCAGCCCCACGAUGCCAGGCCUACAAUGGCUUCGACAGCCCCAGCACCGUGGCAGCCUUAAUGAUCGGCUCCCUGUCAGGGGUUAUUGAAGCUCUUCCACCAGAGAUCCCCCCCCCGCAAAGCGUCCUUCAAGAGGGCUACGGGCGAAUGAUCAUCGUUGAGGAUCACAGUCGGUUGAACAUCUACAUCUUACUGGACACAUCCGGCAGCCUGGUCGAAGACUUCGACACAGUCAGACAGUCUGCUAUCAGUCUCAUCAGGAAGCUGGACAGCUUUGAUGUCCAGAUGAAGAUCCAUGUGGUUUCUUACGCCAGCGAGGCUAUAGACAUUGUGACCAUCAUAAAUACCUUCAUAAGUGCCGAUGCUCAACUUGUCAUUGAGGAAAUAGAGAAGUUUGACCCCAAAGAUCACGGGGACAAAAUAGGGACCAAUCUCUUUGCAGCACUGCAUAGAGUAAAUGAGAUGAUGGCUUUACUGAAGUUAGACCGAGAGGAUAAUCAUUUUAUGGAGACUCAGAAUGUUAUUCUCAUAAUAACAGAUGGUAAUUCCAACACUGGUCCCGAACCCCAGAUUGCCCUUGCCAAAAUACGAUCCCAUUUUGGCGGCCACACCUUGGAGGAACUGCUCGACGUGUACGUGUUUGGUGUCGGAACGAAGAUUAACAAAAAAAAGCUGAAUGACAUCGCCUCACACAAGCAGAACGAGGAACAUAUCUUCAUUCUGGAAGACCUCCAGUGUCUGGGAGAAGCCUUUAACCAGAUGAUCAAAAUCAAGACGACGACCAAGUGUGGGGUGGCAGAGGAAGAGCUUGACAGCGAUGAUCCUAAAGUAAAUGGCCAAUACACCAGGCCAUGGCACGUCGCUCUUAAAAUCCUUGCAUCCGAUCUGAGCAGAGAGGAAAAAUGCUACGGAUCCGUUGUGAGCCCAAACUGGAUCCUGACCGCGGCCCACUGCUUCGCCCGGCACAGUGUAGCGGUACGGAGGCAAAAGAUAGAAGUCACUCACGGUGGUAAACAGCAAAUGAUGGAUGGUCAGAUUUUCAUCCACCCAGAUUUCAACAUCAAAGGCCUCCAGCACAGAAAUGUGUCCGAGUUCUACGACUUUGACGUGGCUCUGGUGCAGCUGAACACCAGCGUCCCCCUUCUGUCAGAGGCCAGACCCGUCUGCCUGCCGUGUACUACGGCCGCCGACCGAGCCAUGAAGCGAGUCAAAUCCACAUGCCAGCAGCACAGAAAGGAAUUACUACCAGGCAGUGAAACUAACGCAUCCUUCAUCGACAAAACCUCGAAACGUGUGGAAACCCUGAUUCAUCUUGGAGAGCAGAGGCAAGCAUGCGUGUCCAAAGCUGCCUGGGAACUGAAGGACGCCCCCGACGUGACAUUGGAUGAGCUAGUACCCGAGCGGUUCCUCUGUACCGGAGGCCCUUCCAGGUCCGGAAACCCCGUCAGCUGCAAAGGCGAUUCCGGUGGUUCACUCUUCUUGAAGAAAAGGGAGCGCUACUUUCAGGUGGGGGUAUUGAGUUGGGGUACCGUAGACCGGUGUUCUGGUAAAGGUCGUGGGCGUCCUGCUGCCGAUGCUCGUGACUUCCACAUCAGCCUUUUCACCAUUGUGCCGUGGUUAAAGCAGCACCUGGGCCAGGAGCUAGAGUUCCUGCCUCUGGGAGACUGAGGGCAGUCGUUCUCUGGCCUGUCUCCCUAUGCCAGCAGCCAGCAGCCUGGUUGCUUCAGCAUCUAUGAAGAACAGAUAACCCUGCUGUCCUGCUUUUCUUUCCAUUUGAGUGUAAUGUGCAAAACCGCUCCCAGUCACAGUAACUCAUUAAUAUCCAAUAUGUCUUCGAAACUAUGGAUACGUAUUGUGUGCAUACCUUUGCUUUUGUUUUCUUAUUUUCUUAUUAAAAUAAAAACUCUACUACUGUA